AUGGUCCCGCUGCUAUACUUCCAGACCGGGAAAUGGGUGCUCGGCCUAGGCUGGCUGGGAUUUGCCUUCUGGGCUGUGUACAAUGUGCCAGGCGGGUGCGCCAACAAUCAGAGGGUCAGAGCCCUGCGGGCGAUCCUCUACUCCUUUGUCGGCCUGUUUCUUGUCAUCGUGCUGAUGUUCUUGCUCGGAUACAAUUUGCUGGGCUCCUACGAGCCCAAUGCUCGCUGGCAGAGCCGCCUUGGUUUCAUUUCCAAGUGCCUCGGGUGCUACGACGUCGUGACCGACUCCAACCUCAUGCCAGAUGACCAUGACGCCCCGCUGGAGGAGCUGGCGUCCACCUUUGCGCGCUUCUUCGGCUGCGUGGAUCUGGAGAAGAGCGACCUGGUGGCGGGCGUGGUGCUCACGGGCCUCCUCCAGACGCACCAGCGCCGGUCGGCGCUCGAGCGGGAGGCGACGCGCCGGCGCGGUGUGUCUGGCGGCAAAAAGGCGCAGGUGCCGGGGCCCAUGCCCACUCUGCCGCCAAGCUCACACUCCUGGGACGAAGUGCAGGGCCUCGUCGACCGAUACUGCUCCAGCGUUGCGCCGGGGUGUCCCCGCUGCCAGGUGGACCAGUCACAGAGCACAUCCAAGGACGACGCCCUUCAAGAAUGCAUGGAGCAUGCUGAUGACGAGCAGCUUCCACCCAGGGGCGUGCAGGCCCUGGGCGGCAUCCCGGCGGCGCCGGUGCAGGAUGUGGCAGAGGCGGGCGGGGAUUCAGACUUCCAGGGUCGCAGCGGGGACGGCAGCGCCGGCGGCGGCGGCUCGACGCCCUCGUCCCAGGCCUCCAGCAGCGAGGCGGCAGCGGGGGUGCUGCGGGACUGGGACGGCCCCUUCCUGCGCUGGGUGACGGCGGUGGCGGCGGGGUGCAGCACCUACGUCACCCCCUCCCACUGGGCGGGGGAGGAGGCGCGCGCGGCGGGGGUGGACCCGGACGAGGCAGCGCGAGCGUCGGCAGGGGCCCCGCAACCCGCCAGCCAGGCGGAGGUCGACGACGCGGCGUUCGCGUGGUGGUUCACCUGGAGCUACUGGCGCAAUCGGAUCGCGCUGGCCCUAUCCCUGUACCCCAGGAAGAAGGUCGCGGCUGCGGCCUACCCUCCCCUCCAGCAGAAGAUCGCGGAGGACAAGGAGGCCCUCAGGCACUACGUAGGCGCGAGAAAGACGCUGGACGUCCCCGACGAGGACUUCAUCUACUGCAACUUCACAGACCAGGCGCUGGGCACCACGCCCUACAACAUUGUGCUGGACCGGACGGUGGUGCUUUCCAUCCGCGGUUCCAGCAGCGUGGAGGACCUGCUGACCGACGUGAUGGACCGCCCCGUCCAGAUCAACAACUGGCUGCCCGCCGACCUCACCGCCGCCCACCCCGACCUGGGGGAGGUCAGGGCCCACGUGGGCAUGUACUCCGCGGCCAAGGCGGUGCUCCGCGACCUUGACUCCCACCGCCUCCUGGACACGCUGCUGACGGGGCGCCCACCCGCGAGCGAAGAGUGCGAGCGGGAGGUGGGACGGUAUGCGCCCGACGCCCGCGACCGCGCGCUGUGCCACGCCCAGCACCGCCUGUGCGCCGAGGGCUGGAUGGUGGUUGCGCUGGCGUCCACGCGCCUCACCAAGCUCAGGGUCCUGACGUCGGCGAGGUCGGCGGCCCUGCGGCGGCUGCCGCGGAACAAGGUGUUCUACCAGCCUCGUGACAUCCCGGAGGAGGCGCUGCGAUACGUACUGCAGUACUUCGAGGGUAAGUGCAGCUACAAGCACCUGUACCUGCCCAUGUACCCUGCCGGCCGAGUGAUGCACCUGCGCCGUGUUGAGCGAGAGAAGGGCAGCCGGGCCUGGGACGCGGUGUGGGUGAGCCACUGCUGCCUCAUCGACGAGGGUAUCCUGGUGUCCAGGCACCAGAGCAGCGACCACUCCAUCGCCAGGCUGCGCAACGUGUUUGCUGAGCUGGCAGGGAAGGAUGUUCCUGAGCUAGCUGGGGCAGACGGCGGUGAAGACCUGAGUGCCAUCGAUGUGGCCUUCUGGGCGCAGCUGGGGGAGAACAAGCUCCACGACCUGCGCUUGGACGAGGGCCCCAUCUCGUUUGCACCCACCCUGACUGCCAGCCAGUUUGCGGGCAUUCCUGGCUUCGUCACAGCCUCACCCGGAUCCCUGAGCUUGCCUCCCGCGAUGUCCGCUCGUGGACUGGCCUGCCUGGGCCAGGCAUUUGUGUACAACACUGUGGAGAAGGUGACGCAGUCUGACCGCAAAGCCCUUACGGCCCAGGCCGCCUCGGACAUCUGGGCCUGCAUCCAGGACGGCAGUGCCGUGGAGCAGCCCUCCCUCAUGCUGCGCCCCAUUCUCCUGACGCACUGCGACCUCAAGCACUCCAAGUACAUCUACUGUUGCGAGACGGAGCGCCCCAGCGCCUCGCUCCGACCCCUGCUUCUCCUGGCGGCCGCGAGAUGGAAAGUGCGGAGCCUCGACGUGCUGUGCCUGCGGCAGCGCCAGGGGCGCAGCAGCGCCCAGGGCUCGAUCGUGCUGGGCGUCGACCUCCCCGGGGUAGAUCUCGAGGGUUCUGCCCCCGCUGGCGCGGGCGGCUGGGAGGUGAACUCGCGCGGCAAGCCCGGACCGCGUGUCGCCGAUCUGGCUGCCGCCAUGGACCCUAAGCGCCUUGCUGCCUCAGCGGUGGACCUGAACCUGAGGCUGAUGCGCUGGCGCGCCGUGCCCAGCCUGGAGGUUGGCUCCCUCUCCUCCCAGCGCUGCCUCCUGCUUGGCGCCGGCACCCUCGGCUGCUCCGUGGCGCGCACGCUGCUGGGGUGGGGCGUGCGGCGAUUGACCUUGGUCGACAACGCCCGUGUUUCCUUCAGCAACCCGGUGCGGCAGUCGCUUUACACCUUUGAGGACUGCCUGGGGGGCGGGGUGCCCAAGGCCCAGGCGGCCGCAGAGGCGCUGACGGCUAUCUUCCCCGGCGUCGAUGCGAGGGGCCUGGCCAUGAGCGUGCCCAUGCCGGGGCACGUCGCCACUCCGGACGAGGAGGCCGAGGCGGCGGAGGCCACCGAGGAGCUGAGGACCUUGAUCGAGGAGCACGACAUCGUCUUCCUCCUCAUGGACACUCGGGAGUCGCGUUGGCUGCCCACGCUCCUGGGUGCAGCUGCCCGGAAGCUGGUGGUGAACGCCGCCCUGGGUUUCGAUGGCUACCUGGUCAUGCGGCACGGCCUUCCCGCAGGCGCGGGAUGUGCCGCCACACCCGCUGCAACGGAAGGCGACGUCACCGCAGCUUCGCCGCCGGAGCGUGGCGGGCUGCCUGCGUGCGCUGGCCUGGGCUGCUACUUUUGCAACGAUGUCGUGGCGCCCGUGGACUCCACCGCCGACCUCUCCCUAGACCAGCAGGUCGGCCUGUGCACGGUCGCCCGCCCCGGGCUCAGCGCCAUUGCAGGGGCGCUGGCGGUGGAGCUGGCCAUGGCCGUGUGCAUGACCGGGUCGGCCUCCAGGUACUGCACGGCCUGCUCCCCCGCGGUGCUUUCCUCCUUUGCCAGGACCGGGACGGCGUUCGUCAUCCAGAGCCUGAGGGCGCCGUCGACGCUGGAGGACCUGACGGGCCUGACCCAGCUGCAUGCCGACAGCGAGGCAGUGCUGGCGCUGCAGGGCAGCGAGAGCGAGGAGGAGGGCCUGGAGCGGGCCGACGGGGAGGAGGAUGACUGGCAUGAGAUCUAG